AUCACAGCAUACCCACUCGUCUCUUAUUGGUUACGGGUAGCUGCGCAACACGUGAUUGGCUGAGAGGAGCGACCACGUGUGGGGAACAGCAGGAUGCAGGAACACUCAUCAGUGACAGACGGCGAAGAGAGAAGGAGGAGGUGUUUGCCUGACCUACACCAUGUUUAGUGCUUUACUCUACUCAUCCCAGGAGGUUAGGUUACGCUGGCCAGGACAUCGGUGUGUGGUCAGUGGUCAGUCUUUCUUCAUCCUUCACACCACCAUCACUACCACCACCAUCAACACCACCACGAAUCCUGCAGGAGGUUCCCAGGGCAAUCUCGUGUCCUCAGCAGCCAUGCCCUCCGCCUCCUCCUCCUCCAACCCCUCCUGCAGUGCCUCAGGGUCCCGCGUCGCCGUCAGGAGAGUGAAGGAAUACCGAGAGAGGCAGCGGUCCAGUGCAUCCACAGACCUUGACUACCUCUGCGCUGCUGCCCGCACCGCCCACUCAGGCCUCAGACUCUACCUCCUCAUCACCACGCCCUCCCCACCCACGCCCACACCACCCAAACCUGCCCUCGUGCCUCUCCUUGGUCGUAGAUCCCCGUGGUUGCAACGAUAAUGAUGAUAAUGUUAUUGUGUAGUAUUUUGGUUGAGUCACCCCGCAAAUUUGAAUCAUAGAAAACGGUUUUGGUGUAGAAAAUGUUCAAUUCAUGUGUAUUGGCUGAUUUUGAGAAGCUUUGUUGUAGUUUAGUUACCCCGUAGAUUUUAAUGAUAGAUAACGAUUUGGUGUAGAGAGUGUUCUUAAUUUUUGUGGGUGUUUAGUGAUAUGAUUGAUUGACUUUAUUUUGUUGUUGAUGGGAUAAAUAGAGAUGUACUUUUGAUAUAUUAGGUUAGUAAAGGAGAAGGAAGUAUUAGUUUGCAUUAUACAUGUUUAUUUAGCGAUAGAAUUGACAUUUAAGAUAGUAAAGAGGGAAAUGGAGAGAAAUAAUGGAAGUUUAAUACAUGAGAUCAAUACAGGAGAGGAAACUGAGAGAGGGACAUGGAGAGAAAUAAUGAAGUUUAAUACAUGAGAUCAAUACAGGAGAGAGGGACAUGGAGAGAAGGUCAAUACAGGAGAGAAAACGAAAAGAGGGAAGUGAAGAUAAUUAAGUCAUAUGAAAUCAGUACGAGGAGAGAAGAAACAAAAAAAAAAAAACCACUUGAUAUCUUUCGUAGUAUAUUUGCAAUCAUUGAUACACACUAGCAAUCAUCUUGGAGCACAUCUGAAGUCCUUAAUCGCGUGUGUAAAGGUAUCCGGUAGUGACUGAUCAGCUAAUAAGCAAGAUUACGAUUUAAUAUUGACACUUUCUCCUUUACGUAUUUGAGAUGAGCGUUUUUUCUUUCAACCAAGCACCUUUUCAUUACGUAUAUACACGAUCAAAUUACCUGUUAGCAAAUACACCAUUUAACUUAUACGUAUAUUUGACCAGUUAGCUAUUGACAAACAGACCAUUUUGACUACGUAUUUAAUCAGUUAUGUAGCUUUGAGUAUCUUUUCUGUAGUGUUCACGUAGGCGCCAUAAUUCACACACACGACCCGGGCUAAUACCGUAAGUGGCGCGGGCCUUGGCGAGGCUGGGCUGGAGCGGAGCGGGGCGGGGCGGGGCUGGGCUGGGCUGGGCUGGGCUGGACUGGACUGGACUGGACUGGGCUGGGCUAGGCGGGUCCGGGCGGAGCGGGCACCUUUGAGCGGCACGCGACUCCCCAACGGGACGGAUCAGCUGGCAGGUUUAUGGGCCAUUUAGAGAUCAAGAUCAAGAGCAGCUAAGACAGUGACGUAAUGCAGCACAGGUGGACUCAGGUGCUGCUAAUUAACUCAAAGGUAAAGGUAAGGAUUGGAGUUUACUUAUAUUACUUUA